UUCCGGUGUUGUUUCUGUCCGUCGUGUUUUCACGGACGGACCGCAGCAGCGUCAUGUCAUCCGCAGAAGAAUCCACGAUCAAAGAGGACAAAAUUAACGUCAUAAAAGGUGCAGCCUUUCUGACUGCAGUGGCUGCUGUAGGGAUGAUGGCAGGGUUUGGAUCCACACUGGCGCUGGCCAAGAAGAAGAGUCCAGCCUGCUUCAAUAAGGGUGUGGUGGCAACGGCAGCAGUUCCAGAGAGCGGGGCGGGGCUGGCGCUGCGGGCACUGGGCUGGGGGUCGCUGUGGGCCUGCUGUGGGGUCGGGCUGCUCAGCACUGCCAUCUGGAAGCUUCUGGACGUCCAUAACCUGUCAGAGUUCCAGCAGAAGAUGCAGACCGUCUUCCCAUCCAUCCCAAAGAAAGCCGCCUCUGAACCGCUGGACUGGGCUGCAGUCUUCAAGUCCAAAUGAGCUGCUGCUGAAAAUCAGGCAUUGGCCCAUGUCCAUGGAAAUUCUGAGGCUAAAAGCUGUUUGUUGGUGAAACUGGGUCCAGACUCCGGUGGACUGGACUACCAGGACUCACAGGACAAACAGCUGGCUCACUGUAACCUGCACAUCCUGUUGGACUCGGACUCUGUCCCUGCUGUAAAGCCGCGUUACGCGCGGCUGUCUUUAGUUUCAAUAACACGUCAUCAAAAUACAUCUGACAGUCGAUAAAUAAAUAAAUGAGGGACAUAAUACUG